GAAAUUUUGACACACUCCCUUUCUUCACUCAGCUUGCGUGUCCUUUGCACUCGGCUAUUCUGCUGACUCGUGGUUUUUAUUAUGCUGUGGGGUGCGAGAGCAGGCCUAUGCGUAAUCCAACGAACAUUCACGACCAGAAUCAAGCAUUUGUCUUUAGUCCCACAUCGAAACAUGUCUUCGUUAGAUGGAACUCCCUCUAAAAUCCCCGCCACCCUACUAGGGACGAUGGCGUUUGGGGGGCGUGCAGACGCGGAAAAGAGCACGGCUAUGGUACGGGUUUAUCUGGAGCGUGGCCACAAUGAACUGGACACAGCCUUUAUGUAUACAGAAGGACGGGCGGAGACAAUCAUUGGCGCUAUGGGACUUCCCAAGACAGUGAAGAUCGCCACAAAGGCAAACCCCUGGGAUGGGAAAACCCUGAAGCCUGAGAGUGUGCGUUCCCAGCUGGACACCUCUCUGCACAGGCUCCAGACCCAGAGUGUGGACAUCUUCUAUCUGCACGCGCCCGACCAUAACAACCCUGUUCAGGAAACCCUGCAGGCCUGCAAUGAGCUGCACAAGGAGGGCAAAUACAAGGAGCUGGGCUUGUCUAACUACGCCUCAUGGGAAGUGGCAGAGAUCUACUGCAUCUGUAAGCACAACGGAUGGGUGCUUCCGACGGUUUACCAGGGCAUGUACAAUGCCACUACACGGCAAGUGGAGACAGAACUGCUGCCCUGCCUGAAAAACUAUGGCAUUCGCUUCUAUGCCUACAACCCCCUGGCAGGGGGUCUCCUCACAGGGAAGUACCAAUACCAGGACCAGAACGUCCAGCCCGAGGGGCGCUUCUUUGGGAACAGUUGGGCCGGUGCCUACCGGGACAGGUACUGGAAGAAGAGUCACUUCCAGGGCAUAGAUCUGGUAAACGAGGCUCUGGAGGCAGCGUACGGUGCACAGAAGCCCACUAUGACCUCUGCCGCCCUGCGCUGGCUGUACCACCACUCCAAGCUACAGGGGGAUCUUGGCGAUGGCGUCAUCAUUGGCAUGUCCUCCAUGGAGCAGCUGGAGCAGAACCUGUCUGCCACCCAGGAGGGUCCCUUAGACCCAGUGGUGGUACAGGCCUUCAAACAGGCUUGGGACCUGGUAGCCCAUGAAUGCCCCAACUACUUCCGCUAAAAGAAUUCUCUGCUCGGAAGACACCCCCUCUACCCUCUUCACAGUCGGCGAGGGACAACAGUGGAUAAAACUAAAAAGUUUCAUAAUCCACCAGAUAGGCUAUUCACUAUUCCAUUGAUCUUUAAGUCUUUGAUUGACUUAAAUAGAAUUUUCUAAACUUAAGGCCUCAUAAAGUAAAUGUAUAUUACAUUUGAUAUAUUUGAUGUGACUGGGAGAUAACUACAUUGCAAUUCUGCAACAACAAUGUGCAAGUGUGGCAGAUUGGUCCACGUGCAAAUGAAAAACUGGAGAGAGUGGAAUGGAGAAGACUGAAACUAGCGAAGAGACUGGAGACAGCCUCCACUGCCUGUGCUGAGAGCAAAAGAUUUUGUUGCCCAAUAAAACCAGGCUACUUUUGACAGCCUAAUAAAAUGUAGAGCCUCAUGUAGCACUCUAACAAGCUUGCUUCUUGCAUUUAUUAGCUAGCUGGAUGGCUGGCUUGCUACAUAUGCUUAGACCAUAUGAACAUGUUUAGUUCAUUUUCUUUGUUUUUUAUAUUGAUACAAUUGUUAGCAAAUGGACAAAGUGAUUGGGCAGGUUAUAGCCCAAUGUGUUAAACUAGAUGGUAAAAUAGAAAGUCCAUGCAAACAUUUAAUGCUUCUAUUAAAAUUGGUUCAUUUUCAAGUAA